AAAGCACUCCUCAGAGCUGUGACACGGCGUCUCUACGAGCACGAUGAGGAAGUGACGCUGGUCCAAGCAGAGGAAGCAGAAGCUGCGUCUGUGAGGGAGAAGCACUCGGUCAGAAGCCCUGAGGAGCAGAGACACCAUGGUGGACCUCAGAGGGACUCAAAGGACUUUCUGUGUGAUGCUGCUGCUGCUUCAGGCUACAGUAAGUGGACGAACCCCCCCUGACCCCCACUUCCUCGUCAGAGCCGGAGAUGACGUCACUUUACCUUCUAACCAUGUGAAUCAGGACAGAUGUGACGGAUCUAAUUGGCUUUACAGUCGUUUUGGAUCAACUGUGGCGCUGGUUGAACUUGGGAAGAUUAAGAAUGAUUCUGUGAUUCCAGAAGCUAAAACCAACAGAAUGAGUUUGACAGCAAACUGUUCUCUGGUUAUAAGAAAGGUCUCAGGUGAAGAUGCUGGUCGUUACACCAACAGAGACUUUGAUAAAGCAGGAAGACAACAAGGUGCAGAUGGUGUGUCUGAGCUGUUUGUUAUUACAAUGGAGGAAAAGGACUACGAGGGUCUGGUUGUGUUGUCCUGCUCUGUGUGGAGCUCCUCUGAGUGUAAACACGCAGCAGAGUGGGUUUAUAAGGGUGAAACGACUGAUGUGAAGGCAUCACACGUUGCUUGUGAAGCCACUGUGACGUUUAAAGCUCCUCUUCAUCAGAAGUCAAACUAUUAUCAGUCACUGAAAUGUGAAGUGAGAGACGAUCAAAGUGGAAAAACUGUGCAUUUUGAAGCCUGCAGUCAGUUCUCAUGUGAACAAACAGGAGGCCCAUCGGGGGGGGGGAACGUUACACCACCUGACCAGAGAGGCUCUACAACCAUCCAAAGCUGGUGGAGGUUCAUCAUUCUGGGUGCAGCGACUCUGCUGGUUCUUGUUGUUGGCGUCUUCACAUGGAGGAGAUCUAAAGGGAGAGAAACCCUGAUGGACGUCAACGCUAGUCUCAGGUGUUGCUCCUCACAGGUGCAGCAUGAAGAUGGAGAUGAAGGUGCAGUGGUCUAUGAAAACGUUGGAGAACCUUCUGCUUCUGUCAGACUCCACUGAUCCACAGCUUCUACAUCACAGAGACGGGAAAUCUACCCUGUGAUUUUUAAUUUUUCUGUCUUUUAUUUUAUUUUUUUCAUUUUAAAAUAAAGGGUUUAUUUUGACAUGUUUUCUUUGCUCUUAACAUUCAAACCUUUUAAAGCUUCAAACUGCUUCCUGCUAAGUGGAGACAUGGUGGAGUGAUGUCAUCAAUGUGCUCUGAUGAGGAGAGUAGCUCCUUUGAGGUUAAAGUUCUUUUGUCUCUUUCUCUUCUUAAUAAAUUGAUUUUCAUUCA